AUGUCAAAUCGUCAACAGAUAGACUCCGUCAUUGAUGAUGACGAUGAGUUUUGCCCUCUUUGCAUUGAAGAAUUCGAUCUGUCGGACAAGAACUUCAAGCCAUGUCCCUGCGGGUAUCAGAUCUGUCAAUUCUGCUACAACAAUAUCAAGACCCAUAGCGAAGAAGGUCGAUGUCCGAACUGCAGACGGCCUUACGAUGACAGUACCAUACAAUACAAGGUCCCCGACGCAGACGAAUUCAAAGCCGACUUGGCGUUGAAGCAUCGAAAGGCCGCCGCCGCGAAGAAAAAAGAAGCAGAAAGGCGCGAGAUCGAAGCAUCCAGUCGCAAGAAUUUGGCCGGUGUUCGGGUUGUGCAAAAGAACCUGGUCUACGUGAUCGGCCUUAAUCCCACGAUACGCGACGAGAACCAGCUUUUGCAAACCCUCCGUGGCAGAGAGUACUUUGGCCAGUACGGCGACAUCGAAAAGAUCGUGGUCAGCAAGGCAAAGCCCGGCGGCAAUCCCAACCAGGGUAUCGGCGUCUAUGUGACCUACGCGAGGAAGUCCGAUGCUGCAACCUGUAUUACUUCGGUUGAUGGGUCAGCGAACGGUGAUCGGGUCCUGAGGGCGCAAUACGGGACAACGAAAUACUGUUCUUCCUUCUUGCGUAAUGAGCAAUGCCACAACCGGAACUGCACCUUCCUACACGAAACGGGCGAGGACAGCGACAGCUAUAGUCGGCAGGAUCUUUCUUCGAUGAAUACUCUUUCGAGCCAACGUCCGAAUGGUUCCCCUAGCGGUCCGACUCAUUCCGUCCCUCCGCACGUCACCCGGUCAUCAGCUCAGCCGAUCUCACAACCGAUGCGCCGCCAACCCAGCAAGGAUGAUGCUACCGGCAGCCGUCCGCCUGACGGGUCAGCUUUGCCGUUGUCGGCCAGCUGGGCUAACAAGGACGCUCCUAUCAACCGCACGAGGCGCGCUAGCUUGACCGGCAGCCAACCUUCGCAAAGUCCCCGACCUCCGAUGGCUACGGUUGUGACAGGAUCCGAGGAGCCAAAGCGAGUCGACAAGCAACCGGUGGACGCCCCAGGUCGCCAAACGCCGUCGUUACCCAACCCACCCUCAGUUCCUCAAUCCCCCGAAGCACCUCUACCACCGUCAGAACCCGAAACGCCUCUGUUGGACAACCUGAUCAAGGCCGUUAACUCCCCGGAGUUCAAGUUCGUCUUUUCGGCUGCUGGUCUGCCGGCGGAGGAGAUUGCUCUCAUCGAAAACCACCCCUCGUUUAUCGAUCCCUAUGGCGGUGUCAAGCGCCGGGCCAUGCGAGAGAGGGCAGAAAAGGAACGUGUUAAACGAGAGCAAGAGCUGCUGCAAACGGCCACUGUAGAAGAGGAAUCUCGCGAGAGCGGGAGCCUGCAACUCGGUGGGGAGCCAGAUGAUCCUCAUCCCGUUAGAGGUCGCGCUAGUCGUGAGUCCCACGGUGCCAUUCAGCCCCCGUCCCAACAAGGCACGACCUCGAACUCCACCGUCGGCUCGCCAGUGUCUGCGGCAAGCCAUCAGUUCCAAGGGCUUAACGUGGGUGGUCGCAGCCUGACUCCCCUGCAACAGCAACAGCUCAUGCUUCUCAAAUCUGCCAACAACCAGCAGGCCGGCAUCGUGGAUCCGUUGCAAAGUGGACUUGGCUCCGCUGCUUUUGAUCAAGCUCAAGUCCGACAAGGUCUCUUGCAAAGUCAGAUGGCCCAGUUCAAUGCCUUGCAAGCGCAGAACCGUCAGAAUUCUCGAUUCUCUUUUGCCAACGAAGCCGGUUCUAAGAACCUUCCCAAUGUCCGCAUGUUGAACCAACAGGCGUCUUUGAUGCAGUCUGGAACCCCCAACCCCUUGGCGGCCCCCAGUCCUCAACAUGGGCUCGGCGGCAAUUUCUACACCAGUGGCGUUCAGGGCCCUCCCCCGGGGUUGAAGACGGCUGGCACGCCUCCCAUCAGCGGAGGAGGAAUGUUUGCUCAAGGGCACGGAUUCACUAGUUCCAAUCUCGGACUCGGUGGUAAUGUCGGAAAACAGGAGGCUAAUCCGGAGUUGAUGCGCGAACUGCUGCGAGGCCGCAGCGGAACGAACCCCAGUGGACUACAGGGGCAAGAUGCCGCAAAGCGUGAGUUCAUGUUUCCUUUCCUCCAACAGCACCAAACCCCCCCUCCCCUGACUCCUGCCAAUGGCCUUCUCAGCUCUUUCUAUGGCUCUCAGGCGGGGAAUCUCUCCGAGGCUGGGUCACAGAAGCAAAAGAAGAAGGGGAAGAAGCACAGACACGCUAACACUUCCUCCGGCGGAGGCGGUGUAGUAGAUCUUGCGGACCCGAGUAUCCUGCAGGCGAGGAUGCACCAGGUGGGUGCUAAUGCCGCUGCUGGACAAGCAUUGUAUGGGAGUCAGGGUCAAGUGGACGAGGAAUUUCCCCCGCUUGGAGCUGCUUCCAAGGACAAACGCGCCGUUGAUAGUUUUGGCUUCCUAGUGCGAUCGCAUAUUCAAAGUGAUUCCCAGAGCUCAGCCCGUGCUGGCACUCCAACCCUUCCGCCUGGGCUUCCUCUGCCUCACUCUCACCCGGCAUCCGCUCUCUUCCAGAGCCCCUUGAAUCCCUCGAGUCCGACCUCGUCGGUGUCUGUCCUCCCGCCAGGUCUUAACAUUCCUCUUUCACGGCUUGGGACACCGUCUCAGGGUCUCCAGGACUCGGCAUUCCGUGCCGCCUCUCCUGACCUGAAGGACACCCCGGAGGUUGCACCCCCUUCUCAUCGCACUAAGAACGUCUCAGAGAUCUCUUUAGGCUCCCCGGUACCUAAAUCUGCCAGCAAGGCUCGUUCCCAAGCCAAGGAUGAUAUGGCCGUUUCUAAUGACAGGAAGGGUGGGAAAAAGGCCGAGGGAUCAAUCCAAGACAAAGGUCCCUCGAAAGCCAAACCGAUGAAGCUGGACCUGCCGCUGCACACGUCCCAUUCUCAAGAGGCCUCUCCGUCAAAGGUCGAAUUCUCCAAUCAGACAUCGUCCAGCCAGGUCCCAGUGCCGAUGUCUGCCAUCGGUUCUCGUCCUAACACUCCCUUGACUGCGGCAUCUCGCCUGUCCGAGUCUUCGGCUCCACGUCAACCUCGCGUUCUGCGGGUUGUAGACACACCGAAAGCCGAGACGCCCCCUCCUGUUUCUGCAACGCUCCCCCACUCAUCCCAACCUAUUGUGACCAAAACGCGUUCCAGACGGCCCAGCGUUUCCUCCAUCAGCCGUCCCGACACCCCCGGUGACCUGGAAUCCGAAGCGGAUCUCUACACUUCUGCGUCUGUGUCCCGUGCCAACUCGCCUCCCGCCUCGUCUCGGAUCGGUUCCGCCCCGGUCCGAUCCAUGACUAAGAGUCAAGUCAAGAAAGAGCGCCGUCAGAAAGCCAAGGAGGCAGAGGCCAAGAAACACGAGGAAGCUUCGGCGCAGGCAGCGGAACCUGUGCAGGCGCCCAUCAUCGGAAGAAAGCGCAAGACUAAAAAGGCCCCGACCACCCAGACCGAGACGCCAUCGCCGGCUCCGGAGAACACCACCGAGGCCGCCAAGCCCGUUGUUCCUAGUGGAAAUGAUAGCCUCGAGAAGGUUAAUCAAAAGAUCGAGCCUAAGAAGAGCAAGUCUAAAGAAAAGCCGAGGGAUCAGAAGCCUGCCCCUGUGGAAGUGAAGGAACCUCCCGCCCCAAAGAUUGAAGCGUGGCGCUCGAACAAUACGGUGGAACAGUUAAUCAAGGACUCUGAGGCUUCUGGCGUUCCGAUCAAAGAUCUUUUUGCAGAACGGACAUUGCCUCUGCCCGUGUUGCUCGCCGAACUCCACAAGUCGGGCAAACUCGAUCUCAAUACGCAUCCCCUUUUCAACCCGCCUAAUCUCAGCCAGCGCGUUGAUAUGAAGUGCCAUGGCAAUGACUACGACAUUUUGAAGCAUCCGUUCGAGUUGACGGAGGAGCAUCGCAAGGCCUUGCUGCGCGGCGAGCCCGUUCGUCUGAACGGCGAUUUCAGCGAGCUGAAAUAUCGGUGCCUCAUCACUCCUCGCGGCUGUGUUUUGCGCCACUUGUCUCGUGAGGAAGAGGACCGCUACUUGGAACUUGAGAGGAACUCUGCCCCCGAUAGCGAUCCCUUCCAGGAAUACCCAGCCGAGUUGAUUACUGAGCCCGAUAUUACCAACCGCAGCGGUGGCCUUGAUGCGCUCUUCGCCACGCCCGAAAACUUCAACAUCUGCUGGGUGGACGAAACCUCGGCCGGGCUUACGUCGGCGUCUCCCACGGCUGGCUUGUCAGUGCCCGAGUCCUCCCUCAUUUCCAGCGCCCCUGCCCCGCCCAACGUGCUCUCAGCUAUGGAAGCGGACAGCACUCGCAGCCAUAACUGGGCCAUCGCUAAUACGGCGGAGUUGGUGAAUGCCACGGCAACUUCUGUGCGAUCCUUCGCAGCGGCUACGGCUAAGCACAUGCUCGGAGCGGCGGGCGUUGUGGUGGGCAGUCUCCCGGACCUGGACGACGUGGUGGGUAUGACCGACGAAGAACUGCGGGCGUUCGCCGUCAAGUCCCAGAAAGAAUUGGAGACGUCGCGCAAAGAAUUUGAUUCCAUCGACAAGAAGCUCAAUGCGUUGGUCAAGCGCAACAAGAAGCUUGCACAGCAGGCUCUGGCAUCCAAUUGA